CAAACCCCGAUGGCAGGAAACCAGAUCACUUGCUUUAUUUUCAUCAGCUCUGUUUUGGGACAUGCUCACUCAGCUGAUGAUACCUACUUUGUGAUGCCUCAGACAGUAACAGCUCUGACAGGCUCUUGUUUGCAGAUUCCUUGCACAUUCAACAUCUCCAAUUUUGAGGACAAACAUAAGAGGGCAAAAUCUAUUUAUGGGAUCUGGAUGAAAAACAAAUCACAGUAUGCUAGCAAAGACAGUUUUAUAGCUUUUAAUAGCAGUGAAAACAUCAUUAGAGGAUUCAGUGACAUAAAGAUGACUGGAGAUCUCAAUGAGAGGAACUGCACCACUGUCUUCUAUAACAUCAUGAUGAAUCAUUCAGACCGCUAUUACUUCAGACUGGAGUCAAAUGUGCUCAGAGCAACAUUUAACCCCAAUAUAGCUGAUUCAAGCAACACUGUGAGGAUCAAUGUCACAGACUCACCACAACCUCUUGAACUUGAACCUAGUAAGCUACAGUAUGUGAUGGAGGAAACUACAGUAAAUCUAAGCUGCUCUUCUGAAGCCCCCUGUCCCAAACAACCUCCUACAAUAUCCUGGUCUAACAUCCCUGAAUCUGCCCGCAUUACAACACAGUUACAGGAGAAACCUGAUAAAACCCAGUCAGUGUUUUCAUACAUGACCUUCAAAGCUUCAUACAAAGAUCACAAGAAGAACAUUUUCUGCACUGCUACAUAUCCAAGAAAUACGCCUAAUGACUCAACUGUGGAAGGUACCUUCAUGCUACAAGUCCUGUUUCCUCCAAAAGAAACUCACAUCAUCAUUACUCCAUCUGUUGGCACUAAUGUGACUUUGACCUGCAAAAGCAAAGCCAGUCCAUCAAAUUACUUGAACUACACCUGGUACAAACGUGGACAGGAGACGCCUAUAGCUUGGGGAAAGAAGAUUCAUUUAACCAGAACUCAUAAUCAAACAGCAUCAUACUUCUGCAUUGCACAAAAUAAACAUGGAAAACAGUCAUCAGAAGAUGUCCAGCUCACAGAUGAAAGACAGAGUGGAUUCUCUCAUCUGGUGAUAUAUGGCUGUACAGGAGGACUUUUGGCUUUUGUUCUGUUGUCUGCGGGUUUUUUUUACUGUAUGAGAACAAAGGCUUCAAGACAGGCCCAUGUCACAGGAAAAGAUCAGGCUGAGGAUAAAAACAGAGACAUGAUGGCUAUCUAUGUUAACAAUGAUAUUGUGAUCAGCAAGAAUGGUGAGAAGAAAGAAACUGAUGAUCUCCACUAUGGUGAAAUUGACUUCUCCAAACUCCAGCUAGGCCACAAGACAAGGGAACACCCAAGCAAUGGCCCAGUGACAGAGUAUGCUGAGGUUCAAGUGACGGAGAGAAAGAGACAAAUCAACAGUGUUCAGCAAAUGGACAAACUUUAUGCUGAGGUCCAGAAAAAGUGAUUUUUUUCCUAUGUUAAAUCUUGCUAUUGUGCAGAGACCUGUGACACUUGUCAGCCAAGGACAGUCAUCAAAUUUUCACAAAUCCCUUAAUAACAUCUCUGACGAAUGGUGCAACACUGUCUAAAUAAUGAAAUAAUACUCUAGAC